UCCCCACUAACCCACUUCCUUUCACCCACGCAGUCCACCACACAACCAUGGCGAGCGCGGCGCCGGAGCUCGACCUUCAGGAUCUCCGCCUGCAGGAGCUCAUCCGAGGCUCCAUGCCGGACCGGCCGCCGUCCUCAUCGUCGUCCCGCGUGCCGCCGCUCAGCGACGACGAGAUCGGCCAGUUCUACUGCGCGGUCUGCAUGGAGCCCAAGCUGGUGUUCGACCGGUUCCGCGCCACGCCCGCGUGCGCGCACGACUUCUGCGUCGCCUGCGUCGUGUCCCACAUCGAGGCCCGCGUCGCGGACGGCGCCGUGCCCGUGCCCUGCCCGGCGGCCGGGUCCGGCUGCCCCGGCGCCAUGCACCCGGAGGCGUGCAAGAAGCUGCUCGACAUGGACGUGUUCGACGCCUGGUGCAUCGCGCUAUGCGAGCGGGCCGUCGGGCCGGGCCGCGCGCGCUGCCCCUACCGGGACUGCGGCGAGCUCGUGGUGCUCGACGCCGGCUGCGGCGCCGCCGUCGGCGCGGUGCCUGAGGAGGCGACCUGCCCCGGCUGCUCGCGCGCCUUCUGCCUGCUGUGCGAGGAGCCCUGGGACGAGCGCCACGACGGCGGCCAAGGGUGCGCGCUCGACCGGCUCGCCGUGGGGCACAACUGGAUGCGCUGCCCGAGCUGCCGCGCCAUGAUCGACAGGAUCGACGGGUGCAAGAGCAUGCUGUGCAGGUGUGGCUCCGUCUUCUGCUACGGCUGCGGCUCGUCUCGGGCAGAGGGGAUGUGCAGAUGCUUUGCUUCGCGACGGGAGGAUUUCAUACCACUCGACGCCGGGGCAAGCGCUUGCCUUUCCUCGACUCUCGGCAAGGAUGCAGUCAUGUGAAUACUUUUCAGUCGGUGGUUGUUGAUUAUUAUUUUUUCUUUUGCGGGCUGAUGAUUGUUGAAUUGAUCGAGUUAGUUAGCUACCUUAACAGUGACAAAAAAUAUCUUGUAGCAUUAAGUUACAGAGUGAGUAUUUACUAGCAUAGCAAGAAAUUUGUGUGUUACAACAAGGGUAUACAUAUUCUAGCAAAUGAACAUUAAUAUUG